AUGACUCUCCCAUUGUUUACGAUUCCAUGGCGUCAGCAAUCUGAUCUGAGCAGCGGAAAUGCAAGUGUUGAGUACGACGAGAAAGGAUUCAAGGUGAUUUUGGAUGUUCGACAGUUCAAACCGGAGGAAAUAAAGGUUAAAGUAGUGGACGGCUUUAUUAUUGUGGAGGGAAAUCACGAAGAACAUCAAGAUAAUAGCGAGAUGCUCUCCAGACAAUUCGUUCGCAGAUACAGAAUCCCUCACGAUGUGGAUCAACGCACAAUCACUUCGAAGUUGUCCUGCAACGGCCUGCUUGAAAUCGAAGCGCUGAGAAAGGUUUUGUAUCUUUUCCCAUUGGCAUAUGAGUAA